GGGGAGGAGGCGCGAGGUGGCUAACGGGAGCGGGCUGGGCUGAGGGCCGCGGGGGCCGGCGCCCGCCGCGAGCCAUGGGGCUGCCGGCCGCGUAGGGGCCAUGCCGCCCGGGCCCCGGGCCUGCCCCGCUCCGCGCCGGGAUGGUGAACCUGGCGGCCAUGGUGUGGCGCCGGCUCCUGCGGAAGAGGUGGGUGCUCGCCCUGGUCUUCGGGCUCUCGCUCGUCUACUUCCUCUCCAGCACCUUCAAGCAGGAGGAGAGGGCAGUGAGAGAUCGGAAUCUCCUCCAGGUUCAAGACCACGAUCAACCCAUCCCAUGGAAAGUUCAGUUUAAUUUGGGCAACAGCAGUCGGCCCAGCAACCAGUGCCGGAACUCUAUUCAAGGGAAGCACCUCAUCACGGAUGAACUUGGUUACGUUUGUGAAAGGAAAGAUUUGCUGGUAAAUGGCUGCUGUAACAUCAACGUCCCUGGCACAAAGCAGUACUGCUGUGAUGGCUGCUUGUCCAAUGGCUGCUGUAGCGCCUACGAGUACUGUGUCUCCUGCUGCCUGCAGCCCAACAAGCAACUUCUCCUGGAGCGCUUCCUCAACCGGGCAGCUGUGGCAUUCCAGAACCUCUUCAUGGCAGUCGAAGAUCACUUUGAAUUGUGUUUGGCUAAAUGCAGGACCUCAUCCCAGAGUGUGCAGCACGAGAACACCUAUAGGGAUCCCAUAGCAAAGUACUGCUACGGAGAGAGCCCUCCCGAGCUUUUCCCUGCGUGAUGGUGCGGGAGACUCAACCCACUGGGAGGAUGAGCUGCUGAAGAACUUGCAGCCUGAAGCCCUUCUCUGGUCUUCAGGAGAAGACUUGACCUUGACCACUUCUUGUGUUGUGCUCUUUGGCCUCACUCGCCCCUGGGCUUACCAGAAUGGACUUGUUCCUUAAAGCAGUUGGAAAUGCCAGUGGAUUACAUUCAAGGAGGACAAGACUGCGGGCGACCUUGCAGAGGCAUUAAUACUCUGAGCGCCUCUGCUUUGCGGCUGCUCAGGGACCUGUGGGCAUCUGUAUGUGUUCUCCCCGGGCCCUUCACUGUAAAGUUAUUUAUUAGACUUCUUUGGAAAAUUCUGAUGUUUCCUAUAGGAAAAUGUUUUGCCUUGAUAGUUGAAUAUAUUCAAGGAGAUUGUUGUUGUUGUUGUUUUCUUGUGUUCUUGAGUUUCAAGAGUGAAAUUGUCCCUUCACCCAGGUAAAGUGUUUGGCCUCUUAGAACAUGCAUGUCCUCUCAAGGUGGUUUAUUUUUUGUUUUGUUUUAACAGCAUUUUCAGGAGUGGGCCCUGAACACCGUGUCCUGACGCCUAAAGUUGUCUAGAAACUCAGAUGCUGUUCCCUUCUCAUCCUUUGCCAACUUUCUAGCAGCUGGGACCAUGUGCUCCCAGGUCUUUUUCUAGUGGUAUUUGGAUAUGCUUGUUUACCUGUAUGCGGGCACCGUUUUAACCAGAAAUUCUGCCUUGUUGUCCUGGAGGGUUCUGUUCUCGUUUCCUCCGCCCCCGUUGAAGUGACUGGUCUGCUCAGCUGUGGGACAGUGGGAUCCUCAGGAAAGUCACCUGCUGGGUGGCCUCCUCCUCUCCUGUCAUGGAAACCCCAUCUUAAGCUGAUUCCUAAGUGGAGAUACAUCUUGCAACUGA